GGAGCAGGGUGAUGCCUGCCCUGCCUUGCUUGAAGGGUUGCCCAGACUUAGCCCAUCCCAGGCUGUUUUUGGUUAAAAGCCUUUUUAACAAGCUUAAUUUUCUGGCACUUCCCUGCAGAAAGUUAUUCCCAGCAUUUAAUUGACACCUUCGCUGCAGGCUGGGCUGUUUCGCUGUUGCUCCAUCUAUUUCACUUUAUAAACUGCUGGGGUGUGGGAAAGUUGUUUGCUCCUGUUGGAGUUUCUUCGAAGAGUGAAAUUACUCACCUAGGGAGUGUGCUUGUCAAAGGAAAUAAUGGCAACCCCCUGGUUUUGGGAAUAUUGAGGCUGGAGGGGGUGAAGGUGCCUGGAUGAUGGUGUUGGGAGUUAGUCAUCAGCGUGGAAUUGGUUCUUGGGGAGUUGUCUUAGUUGCUGGAGUAAGCACUGCUGGUACAGCUUGGAGUGUGCUUUAUUGUGCCAGUGCUUAAACCUUUUGGAGUGUGAAAGGAAAUGGGAAUGCUUAGUGGAAUGUGUACAGAGAAGAGGGGUCACUGAGGCUCUCUGAUGUGAGUCUGGAAAAGUGAAAUGAGUUUGUGCUUUUACAGCUCUUUUUAAAAAGCAGAAACAUAUAUCCGGCUGAGAAGCUGGAAAGUGCAAGGAAGAAGAGUCGGGUCUCUGUUUCCGAGCUGUGGAAGUGAACCAGUGAUAGCGUUGGUGGGGACAUCCCCUCCACAACAGAGCUCUACACUUUGUGUGGGCUGUCAUGAGGAGCUGUGGGGUUUCAUAAUUUUUUUUGCUUAGUGGGGUGCACUGAUGCACACAUCCCUUUUGCUAGAUAGGAGAGAAUGGGCUUUCUUCCAAUAUUUCUGUAAUUCUUUGAGAAAUCCCGAGGAGCUGUUGCACACACGCACAAAGCAGCUCUCUGAUUAAUCUGCUGCAAAUGAGGAAAUUGGUGUUUUGUCUGGGAGGGCUGAUGAGCCAGACCCUUCCUGGAAAACCCAGCAUUGUCUCAGUACAGGUUCUUCUUGGGCUGGUUGACAGCACUGAAGCAGGGUGUGGAGUGUGUCUUAGUUUUGCACGUGGAUAUGAGGGUGCACGAGAACUGUAUUUGCAAAACACAGAGCAGGGGGGACACAGCUACAGAAAGAAACACCAGUUGAGUGCUUUCUUUUAAUCUUCCAGUGUGAAAGUCUUGGAGAGUGAGGUGAAGAGUGGGCAGGAAGGAGGGCGUAGUAUCACAAAUCUGGCUUAACCCCCUGUUAAUUAGUCCUGCUCUAAUUGUGUCAGAGAAGAACCUCUUGCUUGUCAUCACUUUGCAGUUGCCUCCUGUUCAGUCAGUAAUUUCUGGGUUUGUGCCUCCUGGACAGCCAAGUGCCUUCUGCAACUUCUCUUUUGUUUCUUGCAGAGCAGCUGGAGGAGCUCAACAGGGCUGUACAACCAAAACUUUGAGCUGUCUCAAGGAAGACUUUCCCUGCUGCUCACCACCCUCCGUGCUGGAGCUCACAGCCCCCACCAGCUCUUGUUUGCAGACCCAUAAGUGCAAGUGCCUCUGACUGCCAUGGGGGAGCCCAGCAUGGACCCAACCAUCUCUGCUGCUGACAGCCCUGCACAGCAGGACUCUCUCUUCAGCAUGAUGGACGUGUUCCUCAUCUCCCUCAUCACUGGACUUUUUACCUACUGGUUCUUCUUCCGCAAGAAAAAGGAGGAAGUGCCUGACCUCCCCAAAAUGCAGUCAGUAGCAGCUCCGGUGAGGGACAGCAGCUUCAUCGAGAAGAUGAAGAAGACGGGCCGAAAUAUAGUGGUUUUCUAUGGUUCCCAGACGGGCACAGCAGAGGAGUUUGCCAAUCGCCUCUCCAAAGAUGCCCAUCGCUAUGGCCUCCGGGGCAUGGCAGCAGAUCCAGAGGAGUAUGACCUGUCAGACCUGAGUCGCCUCUCUGAGAUUGACAAGUCCUUGGCUGUGUUCUGCAUGGCCACCUAUGGAGAGGGGGAUCCCACGGAUAAUGCCCAGGAUUUCUACGACUGGCUGCAGGAGGCUGAUGCCGACCUGUCGGGUCUCCGCUUUGCAGUCUUUGGGCUGGGGAACAAGACUUACGAGCACUUCAACGCCAUGGGGAAGUACGUGGACAAGAGACUGGAGGAACUUGGAGCCCAGCGCAUCUUUGAGCUGGGGCUGGGAGAUGACGAUGGCAACCUGGAAGAAGACUUCAUCACCUGGAGAGAGCAGUUCUGGCCAGCAGUGUGUGAGCACUUCGGGGUGGAGGCUACAGGAGAAGAGUCCAGCAUCCGGCAGUACGAGCUGGUGGUGCACACAGAUGUCAACAUGAACAAAGUCUACACGGGGGAGAUGGGCCGGCUCAAGAGCUACGAGAACCAGAAGCCCCCAUUUGAUGCCAAGAACCCUUUCCUGGCUCAGGUUACGGAGAACCGCAAGCUGAACGAGGGUGGAGAGCGGCACUUGAUGCACCUGGAGCUGGAUAUCUCCAAUUCCAAAAUCAGGUACGAGUCCGGCGACCACGUGGCCGUGUACCCAGCCAACGACUCCUCCCUGGUGAACCAGAUUGGUGAGAUCCUGGGCACGGACCUGGACACUAUCAUGUCCCUAAACAACUUGGAUGAGGAAUCCAACAAGAAGCAUCCCUUCCCCUGCCCCACCUCGUACCGGACAGCCCUGACCUACUACCUGGACAUCACCAACCCUCCCCGCACCAACGUCCUGUACGAGCUGGCCCAGUACGCCACGGACGCCGGCGAGCAGGAGCGCCUCCGUAAAAUGGCCUCGUCUGCUGCUGAGGGCAAGGCGCUGUACCUCAGCUGGGUGGUGGAGGCCCGCAGGAACAUCCUGGCCAUCCUGCAGGACAUGCCCUCCCUGCGCCCCCCCAUCGACCACCUGUGCGAGCUCCUGCCCCGCCUGCAGGCCCGCUACUACUCCAUCGCCUCCUCCUCCAAGGUUCAUCCCAACUCCAUCCACAUCUGUGCCGUGACCGUGGAGUACGAGACCAAGACUGGCCGCCUGAACAAAGGGGUGGCCACCAACUGGCUCAAGAGCAAGGUGCCUGACCAGAACGGGAGCAGCUCCCUGGUGCCCAUGUACGUCCGGAAGUCGCAAUUCCGGCUGCCCUUCAAGCCCAGCACGCCCGUCAUCAUGAUCGGGCCUGGCACCGGCAUCGCCCCCUUCAUCGGCUUCAUCCAGGAGCGGGCUUGGCUGAAGCAGCAGGGCAAAGAGGUGGGUGAGACAGUGCUUUACUACGGCUGCCGCCGCCAGCACGAGGACUACCUGUACCGGGAGGAGCUGGCCCACUUCCAGAAGGAGGGAGUCCUCACCCAGCUCAACGUGGCCUUCUCCAGGGACCAGGCUGAGAAGGUUUAUGUCCAGCACUUGCUGAAGAAGAACAAGGAGAAUGUCUGGAAGCUGGUUAACGAAGGGAUGGCUCACAUCUAUGUGUGCGGCGACGCGCGGAACAUGGCCCGGGACGUGCAGAACACCUUCUACGAGAUCGUGUCCGAGUUUGGGAACAUGAGCCAGCCCCAGGCCAUGGACUAUGUAAAGAAACUGAUGACAAAGGGCCGCUACUCCCUGGAUGUGUGGAGUUAAGAGCAGGGCUGGCGGGGCCGGGGAGAGAACAGGUCCCCAGGCGUGGGCCAGGGGAGCUGGCAAGUGCCUGCUCGCCCACUGCUGCUGUGGGUGACGGUGUCGUCCCCAGCCCACGGCUACCCCGGUGUCACUCCCAACCCUUCCUGGGCCUCAGCAGCCCCUCGGGGCAGGAAAGGGUUGAGAGGGGCAGGGGGGUAGCUGGGGCAGGAGCUGCGGUGCCAGCAUGGCACCAGCGUUUGCCUUGAGGCCAGCAGGGACAGCGGGGACGCAGCCAGUGCGGGGCAGGAGGGAUGGACACUGCCAGGGCACUUCCCUGAGCACGAGGUGUUGCCUUAUCCCUGGGGCUGGAGCCCACCCUGGCCUGCAGGGACAGCAGAGGGGCAGAGGGGCUGUGCUCAGGUGGGGAUUGAGGCUUUGCCAUCCUGCCACCCCCGUUUGCCCAGCUCUGGGAUGUGGGGCUGGCUCUGGGCACAGAGCUGUCCCAUGGCCCCACCAGCAUUUCCCGCUGCCUGCCCUCGCUCCAGCACCAGCGGGAAGCUCCUCUCCCUCUGGAAUACAGCUGGUUUGGGAGGUGGGGUCUCAGCCCUGCAGCUCCCCUGAGCCCAGCCCCUCCCUCACGCCGUGCACGGUCAUUUUUUAAAUACGGUUUUUAUUUUGAACAUCUUUGUGAUUUAAGCAUGGAAAAGAAAAAAAAAAAAAAGACAACAACAAAACCCCCAGACCUUCAGGCUCUCCAAUGAUUGUAAAUUAUUUAAAUACAUUUGCCCUUGGAAUAAAAAUACCGUGUCUGGA